GUGCGAGGCGUGAGGUGGAGAGAUGGGGGCGGAGGGAGCCAGAGCUGUCACAGGCCCGGGGUCCGCCUGACCGAGCGAAGUGGGGUGUCAUGGCCGCGGGGGGCAGCGGCUACACUUCCUCAGCGGGCGGCGGCGGCGGCCGGGCAGUCGGUCCUGGACGCACGGGUCCCGUUUCCCUCUGUGCGGCGGCCGGCGGGACCAUAAGGGCUUAACUCAUAUAUUUAACCCCCCUCCGAAAAGGUUUGAAAGUAUUUUUGAAGGGCUGUUUGGACCUGGAUUAUUAAAAGAUCUCAGCUUAUUUAAAGACUGUGAACCUGAAACCAUUUCUGAUUGGAAUUUUGAUGAAAAUUGUCUAUUUUGUUGCUUGAGAAGAGAAAAAGUAAAGGGGCACUUAGUCGGUCUGGAUGAACCAGCUUCGGGAGCUGGGCAAGAAGCUCUGCUUAAACAAGAGCAAGCAAAAAUCAUUCGAUUCGAGAGACAAGCAGAAGAGUUCCUCAAUGCAGUCUUUUAUAGAAAAGACAGUCCCUGGGUCUCCGACCCCAAUAUUCCCCUAGUGGCCCGUGAGAUCAUGCAGCGAAUGAUCCAACAAUUUGCUGCUGAAUAUACCUCAAAAAAUAGCUCUACUCAGGACCCCAGCCAGCCCAAUAGCACAAAGAACCAAAGCCUGCCGAAAGCAUCUCCAGUCACCACCUCUCCCACGGCUGCAACUACUCAGAACCCUGUGCUCAGCAAACUUCUCAUGGCUGACCAAGACUCACCUCUGGACCUUACUGUCAAAAAGUCUCAGUCAGAACCUAGCGAACAAGACGGUGUACUUGAUCUAUCCACUAAGAAAAGUCCAUGUGCUGGCAGCACUUCCCUGAGCCAUUCUCCAGGUUGCUCCAGUACUCAAGGGAACGGGCGACCGGGGAGACCCAGCCAGUACCGCCCAGACGGACUUCGGAGUGGUGAUGGGGUACCUCCAAGAAGCUUACAGGAUGGAACCAGGGAAGGUUUUGGACACUCCACAUCACUCAAAGUUCCACUGGCUCGAUCUCUGCAGAUUAGUGAAGAACUACUGAGCAGAAACCAGUUGUCCACAGCUGCCAGCCUUGGGCCAUCUGGAUUACAGAAUCAUGGACAACACUUAAUAUUAUCCAGGGAAGCCUCUUGGGCGAAACCACAUUAUGAAUUCAACCUCAGCCGUAUGAAAUUCAGGGGAAAUGGUGCACUCAGCAACAUCAGUGACGUUCCUUUUCUUGCAGAAAACUCUGCCUUUCCAAAAAUGGCACUUCAAACAAAACAAGAUGGAAAAAAGGACGCGAGCCAUUCGUCUCCUGUAGAUUUAAAAAUACCACAAGUUCGAGGAAUGGAUCUUUCUUGGGAGUCUCGCACUGGUGAUCAGUACAGCUAUAGCUCUUUGGUAAUGGGUUCACAAACGGAGAGCGCGCUUAGUAAAAAAUUAAGGGCUAUUCUUCCAAAACAAAAUAGAAAAAGCAUGCUAGAUGCUGGACCUGAUUCUUGGGGCUCAGAUGCUGAGCAGUCUACCUCUGGACAGCCAUAUCCCACAUCGGAUCAAGAAGGAGACCCUGGCUCCAAGCAGCCUCGGAAGAAAAGAGGGCGUUACAGACAGUACAACAGUGAGAUACUGGAGGAAGCAAUCUCCGUGGUUAUGAGUGGAAAAAUGAGUGUUUCCAAAGCUCAGAGUAUUUAUGGGAUUCCCCACAGUACACUGGAGUACAAAGUAAAGGAGAGGCUGGGCACUUUGAAAAACCCUCCAAAGAAAAAGAUGAAAUUAAUGAGAUCACAGGGGCCAGAUGUUUCUGUAAAGAUUGAAUUAGAUCCCCAGGGAGAGGCAGCACAAAGUGCAAAUGAAUCAAAAAACGAGUAGGAAUACUGUAGAGUGCCAAUUACUGUACAAACUGGGUGAGCACUACUGCAUAGUUCAACUAUCAUUGCACCUAACUUCAUUUACUGUGACACUUGUUUCUUUGCAGAUUUUGCAUUGACUUGUGUACAGAAAUGAAAGGUGCACUCAGAAUGUGCAUAUUUUUAAAUUUCCAUGUGCAGUAUGGCUCGGAAUAUUGUUUGGCCUUUUGCAUGUUUCUCUACAAAAGAGAAUUGAGUUACCUCACAGAGAACACAGAUACAUGGAAGUGGACUCCUUGCCUGUAGAGCCUGCAUGCUUUUCUUUUGUUUUUUAUUGUUGUUGGUUUUUGUUUUGUUUUGUUUUCUUCCCCCCUUAAGUUAUAUUUGCCUUUAUUUAAAAAAAAAAAAAAGAAGAUGAAGAAGAAGAAAAAAAGCCCCCUUUUAGAAAACACCUCUGUCAUACUGGGAGCUUUAUCAUUACAAAAUUGGGAAGCCAUCUUGUAAAAUUACUCAUAUUUUUUACUUCCAAGAUUCAACUAAUGGAAGGAUUAAACAAAAGAAAAAACUCAGAAGAAUAAUGAACUCUUUGAACUCAAGAAAUUUGGUUAUCCAAUGAUAAUGAUAACUAAUCAUUUGGGUCAAUUUAUAUCUUAUAAUUUUCUUCUAUUAAAUUUACUUACUAAUGUAAUCUAUUCAGUGCUCACCCAGAGAGGAGGGAAAGGAGGUGGAAAAGGUAUACACACUACCUUCAGAAAUGCUUCAGUUAAUUACUUUGUAACACUACCUUUGCUAUAAUUUCAUUUAGGGUUUUCUAAGGGUAGAAUUCGGUCUCACCAUCAGGUGAGGAUAUAGCCUUAUCUCAUGGAGGACGAGCUCCGUUCUUGCUCAGGAGCAGUCAGGGUACAUUACAUAAAACAAUAGUGGUUGCCUCAUUUUUGCAAACUAGGUUCCUUUGCGUUCUUAAAUCCUUUAACUGAUUUGAUCAUGUGCUAACUAACGACUGAAUGUUGUUAUAUUAUCUAGUUUUAAAAUAUUCAAGGUCUGUUUAUUGGGGAUGGGAUAAAUAGGGAAGGAAAGUGUGUAAGUAACUAUAACAUUGCAAAAUAUUUAGGUUUUAUGGCCUCAGUAGUCUGCCCAAAUAGCCAUACUAAUGAAAGAUUCAUGUUUGUGGUGAGAGAAGAAAAAACAAUUCCCAGGUAAACUAAUAGGAUUUAGGUUGUAUAUCAUUUCCGACAAUAAUUCAGUCAGGAGUCAAGCUCAUUUGAGUCUCUUUUUUAAUUCAAAUACUAGUACAAGGGUGGUUUUUGCUUUUAUUUCAUUUUCUUGCUCAAUUUUUUUUUUCUUUCCUUCCUUUUUCCUUUUUUGGUAUCUUAUGUAAUAUCUCCUUUGUAACUCUUUCUGAUAGUUACCUGAUUUUCAGGAUUGUUUAGCACACAGUUAAAAGGACCUGUCAGAUGAUGUUGGCAUAAGCAUUCCUUGAAGAACAUCUAAGCUUUUUUGAGAUGGGCUUUUACAAUUAGAGUAGUUAAGUUGGGAAAGUGUAUUACCUAUAAUUUUUCACAAAAAUAAUUGAUAAGUAAAGCCCAUGGGAUUUAAAUUUGCAUUGUGACCAAAUUAAAAUCACUAUUUGUACAAAACAAAAUCCAUACCACUGCACCCUGUGUUCUAAAUUGCUGGGAAAGAUGGUCAUUCUAGUUUUCUAAAUGCUUAUCAAAAGAAAAAACAAAUCAUUGGAACUCUCUUUGUAAAAUAAUAUAAGACUUAGAACACUGGUUAAAUUGAGGUUGAUAAUUUCAAAUGGCUGCUAACAAUUUGAGGAGAAGUAGGUCCAGAUAGCCCCAAGGCAUAAAUUCUUACCUGGAAACUGGAGCAGUUCACUAAAUUAGGUGAAGGGUAUUUUCUCCCAACAACCUAUGUGUUCAAAGGGUUAGGCACACCAUUACUGUUAUUAAUAUAUAUGCACUGCUCAUUCUAGAUGUAGCCUGGGCUUGCAUUCCUCUUUUGGUUAUUUUGUUGUAGCAGUUUAAUGAGUGGAUGACUAAGCCUGUUUCCUCUUACCUUUCUAGUCUUCAAAACAGAAAAAAAGCCGUUUAGGUUCAAUAGCAGUAUAUGACUCUGCAAUAUUUUCCAGCGUAGCUGGAAAUUGCAAUAAAAAUACAUUAUGAAACGUAUGGUUAUCAUCUGCAGUUGAAGGAAGUUGUAGAAAGUUUGCUGAAAGCAAAGGGUAAGCUUAUGAAGAAAUGACUUUUGUUCCACACUUAAGAAUUUAUCAGCACACAAGUAAUUGUAGCCACGGUGCCUUUUUGCAUGAUGUUUGGGAUAGUCAGUAGCCCAAGAUUGCUGCAAAAAGGUUCUUUAAACAAUUAAUUUGUGCUUUUAUUAUCCCCCUCUCAGAAAGGCAUCUUUAAAGGCCCAUUUUUAAAUUUGGCCCUAAAAUUCAAUUUUGUAGAGUUUCACUGUUCAGAGAGGUUUAAUCCUAUGUGAUAGUCUAUAUAAGUGAUGUAUGAGUUGAGUUAUGUAAAUUUUGUCAUUGUAGUGUACAUGGAGUGAUCAUUUUACUAACAUAAAUAUUUUCUAUGUGUGUUUCAGUGGAUGACAAUCGAGCAGCAGAAGAAUGGUGUGCCUACCCUUUAAUGCUGCAGUUUAAAUAAGAGAACUUGUAUUGUGUCAUUUCAGAUUGUAGGCUGAGAGUUGUAAAUAGUGAAAAUUUGAGUACUUUUUAUUAUUCGUUUUGGUUAGAAAGUGAAUUUAAAAAACAAACCAAACUCUAAACUUUCUCAGAUUAAAAGUCCUGAGACCUGAAGAUUGUAAUAUUCAUGUCUGUGAAGCUUUUAAACAUUACACUUGAGAUCAGUCAUGACUUGAUAUUCAGGUAAACAUUCUUUUCCAAGAAGCUUUUGAAUAAGCAUAUUUCCUCCAAAGGUCUCUCUCUUUCUCUCUCUCGCUCUUUUUUUUUUUUUUUUUUUUUUUAAGCAUAGAUUAUUUUAAAGCACUAAUUGCAUUACACUGGUAACUGCAAUAUAAAAUAGCCAUUAUUGUUUUGUGAAGCAUGGUUGAAAUUAGAUAGUGAGUGGUCCCUUUUAAAUUUCAUGAGCCUCUCAAAGUAAAUAAAUAAACUUAAAAAAAUUUUAAAGCUGCUGAAUAUUUCAAAAGAUUUAUAUUUUACCCUACUGUAGGUUUUGUAAAGUUAGUUUGUAAUAUUCAGGUGCACUUUUAAUGUUAAAUUUUGUGUUCAGAAUUCCAUUAUACCAUGUAUUUCUCAGAGGUGGCUCAUCAUUUGGCUGGUUGUCAGUCUUGGUGCCACACUGACCCUUAAUGUUUGAUUUCUUUCUUGAUUUGCCACUAUUCUAUAUUGGCACUUUCAGUGUAGAUAUUCUAAUUUGGGGACGUCCUCAUAAAUGUGUAAUAGAGAUUGGUCUAUUCGCAUACUUAAUUUCUGCUAAUCAGAGUUUUGCAUGAUCCAAAAAAUGGUUGACCAUUUUUAUGGUAUGAGAAAGUGUAGUUCACAACUGUCUUUGUCACAAAAGUCUGUCUUUCUUACAUUUUCCAAUCACCAGAUGAUGACAUUACUCCAACUAAUGAUAGUCGAGAGACAAUGUACUUAAAAAUCAAUUCUUACAUUUUUAUGAGAGAGCAUAGUAAUACAGAAUAGAUACGCUGUGGCACUAUGAAAUCAAAAACACUAAAUUCUCUGGAAGGAUAUCUUGGUGGUGUUUUUGUCAUUAGCUUUCUCAUGUCUGAGACUCUAGUCAUCAAGCUUGACAGUAAUGUAGUGUAUUACUUUGUUCAGUAGGCUUAAAAGUAAACUUUAUUUGCGAUGAGCUUACACUUUUUUGUUCCCCAAAUACUAUGAAGGACAAGGUCUCUUUCAGGAAAAAUAAUUUAUAUUUGUGUGUAUAGUACUUUUUGAUAUUAAGUUUGUUGUUAUUAUGAAGUUUAGGUGUUGCUUGGUAAACUUGCUGAGCAGAUCAUGAAUAUGAGUAAGGCUUUGUGUGAUAAUAGGGGUCCUUAUGUGAAGUUAAUUACUGUUCAGUUCUGGUGAGCAAGCUCAACAAGUGUGAAGUGUGUAUUAGCUUUAUUUGGUACACUUUUACUUUACAAUAUUGAAGUGCUUUUAGAACUCUGGUUAUCUUAUAUAAACCAUUACCUCAACCAAUUGGCAUUUCCAUUUCCCAACAUUUUACCUGAGCUGUAACAUGAGCUAUAUGGGAUCAGAUAGUAAAAAUAAUAAGGCACAAUGAGAAAUUUGGUUCCCAAUUUCCUGGAGAGAACUCUAAAUUAGAUGAAGAAAAUAACUACCUUUAAAGGCCCGUAUCAUAACUACCUUCUGUCAUUAGGCAGUACUAGCAACCUUUGGGUUGCUUAUGAGCUGUAUAUUCUUUCUCUAUCCCAACUAAGCACAUAGUGCCAGGCCUGGUUCUAAGCCUUUGUGGUUCUCUUACAUUUUAUUGCCCCGUAAUAUAGUGAAGCUUAGAUUCAGUCAGUUAUUUUUAUAAAACAAAUUAAUGAAUCUUAGCUCAAAGUCAGAAGGUGAACUUACUUUAAAUAGUUAACAGUGGGUAUAUUACAGUUCACUGUUAGUUAAUAUCUAUUAUCCCUUGGGAUUUAAUUUGGAAACUACUUACUUUUUGCUUUUGUAAUUCUUUCCCUGUCGCCAGAGGUCAUUUUCAGAUAGACCACUCUUUUAUAUAUAAUCAGGUUGCUGUCAUUGGUGAUAGAAUAUGGCAAUGGACUGAAUUGCUUCACUUAAUGUUUUAUAGGAGACAUUCAAAAUUAUAUGUUAAAAUUCGACCUACAUGAAGAUAGCAAAGAUCAUUUUCCUUGUUACUUUACCAUUAGCAUUAGGUCUUCGUUGAUACUAUUGUGAAGCCAGUGUUAGUAAAACUUUGGUGGCUUUAGCCAAACAAUCCUUUUAGAAGUCUAUUAAGCUAUAUAGAGAUUUAAAAAUAAUAAUUGCUUUCAAAAUUUACUGAAAAACUAUCAUUGUAUUAGAAGGAGUGCAGACCUCUGAACUCUUUUCUUCAUUUAUUUUGGAUUCAUCUUAUCUUUGAGACUUGAGUAGGAUUUGUGAACAUGGUGACUGAAGAGAGCAGGGAGAUAUUCUCUGCAUAUCCUUUGUUUCUUAUUUGUACCCAAAUAAUCUUGCAGUUACGUAGACUUUUAAAGAUGCAGACAGCCCUGUAGCUGUGUGCCCUAAGUGUUAUGAAAGAUUGAGGGAUGGGAAUGUCGUUAAGUAUGUAGGCUUUUGAGAAGAGGCUAAAGAUUCUGGCCUGAAAUACUAAAAACUAGUCACAGGAUAGAUAAUGUGGUAAAGUUGGGCCAUCUUCAUUUGAUUGACAGAAAAAUUUUUAGACUGUUUGAAAAUGAGAAGGCUAAUUGAAAUUGAUUUGAGCGUAUAUCAUGAACUAAUUUUGCAACUAUUUGGGAGGUAAUUUUAAGGUUUCCAGUUCCUUUAGAGCUGUUUUAAUAAAAGCCGAAAAACAAGCACUUUUAGUUAAUCAUAGAUAUAUUGGAAUUAGCAAAUACUUUAAUCAUAAUAUUUAAUCUUUAUUGUUUGAAUGUGGAAAUGAACUUUUUACCCUGUCUUGAACUGUCAUUGAACAGGCUCAAGAUGAUCUUUUCUACACUGGAAAUGACCCUACACACAUACCAAAAAAAUCUAAAGCAGUAAGACAUUUUUGAAGAUCCAUACCUCUUAGACUUUUUAGAUUUGUCUUGGGAAAGAAUUUAUGAACCUAUAACCAGUAUUAGUGCAGUCUUGGGUUCCUUGUUCUGCAUAAUUGCACCCUUUCUCAGGUAUGUCCUGAAAACAUAAAUUUAAAAAUAAUCUCAUUAGAGAUUAGAUUCUCAGUGGAUAGUGUGUAAGGGGACUGGGGGUGGGGGAUUGGGAUAGUUGGACACAGGACACUGACACAGUAGAGCAGGGAUUUUUAACUGUCAAUAGCCAAAUAGAACUUCAGUCUAGAAUAUAUUUGCUCACAAAUGAAUGAAACAACUCCUAUUUAAGUUUGGUAAAUACAUGGUGCUACACUCCUAAAAGUCUUUUCUUUCAUCCAGUUGACUUUUUUUCCUGCUUGGUGGAAGGGUAUACAGUAAACUUUACUGUCACUAGGAAAGCACUUGUCUGAAACACUUAAAGUACUAGAAAAGGGAUAAUUCAGCACUUUUUCUGUUACAACACUAAAGUCUUAAUUUAUCUUCAGAGUCUUAGGUACUGAAAGUUUUAGGAUGACUAUUUGAAAAUAUAAAACUUUACAACAUACAUACUAUGGGGUCAGAUCACAUUUAUAUAAGUGAUUCUUAUUUAAAAAAACAAACAAACAACAUUUUGUACUUUUUAAUCAAUUCCAAGUAAAUGUCUCAUUAUCCCAAUUUCAUUAAGCAUUUCAGGCUUAAGAAUUGGAAUUUAAGAGGAGGUGAGGGGAAAUGCAAAUUGAAAAUUUUUCAAAUGAAAAAUUGUGUCCAACCAUUUUCAAAAAAUUAACCCACUAGGAAAAUGGGUAAGGAUCCUCUCUCCCUUUAAGUCUUCAGGGAAUGAGCAGUAUUUAGGAUCUUUGGCUGAAAUUCAAGCCUUUUUACUGUGUAAAUUUUUAAUAUUAAUUCACUGACACACGUUUUACAUCAAAGGACUGAAAAUGGAUCUUAAUGUUUUUAAGUUGUGGAAGGGUAUAUUUCUAAAAUGAGGGGGGGAUAAUUAACUAGGUUAGUAUACCAGCAUUAGUAAGUUUAAGGAAUUUUAGUAUGUAAUAGCAAAGUGUUUGAUUAAAAGUCUAAUCCUAUAUUGCUAGUCAAAAUUAGUUACAUUCUGAUCUAGGAAAGAUAUAGUCAUUGGAUAUUGAUAUAUACUGUGCUGUCAGAAAACCAUUUGAAGAAACCUUUAUCUGACUCCCACAUGUUGCUUGUUCUGAUGGGAUGUAUACUUUACAGCAGCUUAUUGCUGCUUUGAAAAGAAAUGUAUAAAAUACACAUUUGGAGUGUUUGCAUAUAAUUCUUUAUAACCUCCACUUUAAAUUGUCAGACAUUGGUAUUUUAUCAGUCCACACUGUUAAAUAAAACUGAUGUUCUUAGGAAUCCAUCUUAAACACACUGUUUAAAAACCCUCAGGGACAGUUUACACACUAUUCUCACUCAAUUCAGGUACUUUGAUGCUAUUCUUAAACCUAACAGUGACUUGUAUUUUUCUGUUUUACUUUUAUUUCAACGUGCUGGUAGCACAUCCUUGAUGAAUGUCAACUUAAAAACUCAGUUCAGGUAUCCAGGUAUAACUCAGCCAAACAUUUUAAAGCUGCAUAUAACUCUCCAGCACACGGUGCCUCACACUCUUAUAGUGGCAUUCUAUAUAUUCAGUUAUUACUACUGAGCAGAUAAUGUGGGGGUUCCUGUUACCAGUGUAUUUAAAAAAUAAGAUGUGCAUAAAUGUAUAGCCAGCACACCACACAUACAAGGUAAAACUCUCUCUUUUGUAAAUGCCACUAAUAGCCAGCACAAUGAAAACAACAUUCCUUAGUGCUUCUGUAAAGUAACAGAUGCAGUUCUUCUUGAUGUGGCUCUUGCUUCUUCACCAUAACUACUACUAAAUUCAAGCACUGGUCCUUGGGUGUCUGACCUCUACGUUCUAGCUUAUGCAAUGUCUUCAGAGAAUUCUGUGCACUGGCCACUGUGAUGGAACCAUUGGGCCAGGAGUGCUUUGAGUUUAUUAGUAGUGAUUCUGCCAAAGUUGGUGUUGUAACAUGAGUAUAUGUAAAAUGUCAAAAAUUAGCAGAGGUCUAGGUCUGCUUGUGAGCAGGUGAUUUAUGUUAGUAUAAUUGGUAGCCUUGAAGGUCCUCACUGACAAGUUUCUUCAGAUGUGAAGUUCUAAUUUCAGUGUUUUAGCUCUUUGCAUCUUUACUGUUAAGACUUGUCUACAGGAGGUCUUUAUUCUUAAAAACCUCCUUUUGUUUUCUGCAGUACUGUCUGUGGUUAGCAAAGUAGAUUAUUCCUCUGCUUUAAUAUUUGAUAUUUUAUAUCGAAAAUUAGUUAUUUCCAUUUAUAAAGCCCAUAGCCUUUGAAAAUAUGGAAAAUGGCAUUUUUCAGAUUUCUAGAAGUUCAAGUGUCAUGCAACAAAACAGGAACCCCCUUUACUCUAUGGACCUCAUUUCAAUAUACUGUUUACAGUUUGACAGAAUUGUAUAAUUUAAUAUUUCUCUUGUACUGUAGUUUAUAUUUAUUUACGGAUUUUUUUUUUUUUUGUACUGUGUGAUUUGAACUUUUUGUUCCUUGCUAUGAUCAAUGUUUAUGUAGUAGAGCACUUAUGAUCACAAAUUAAGUUUCUUUUUUGUUUGAUUGCACUACAUUAAAAUUUUUAAUGCAGUUCUGAUUUUUGACUGGACUAAAAUAAGCUGUGUCUUAAUGUAUGUGAUGAGUACUUAAAACUUUAAUCCAUGUGGUCCCCUUUUUUUUGCAUUGUAUGUCAGAAGCGCUAGUUCUUUCGUGCAUGUGUAAGAUUUAAUGGUUCCAUUGUAUUAUUUGACCAUGACAUUUUGGAGAAACAUUCCCAGCUGUAAUGUUGUGUAUGGUAGUUCUCACUGGAUGCUAGACUUUUCAAAACCACUAUUCUUCUAAUAAAUUUUGUUGUGAAAAACUGUU